AUCAUCAUAUAUUUAAAUACGAGUUAAGAAUUUAAAACCAUUGUUAAUUUGUAAAUUUUUGCUUAUACAUCAAUCUAUUGUAAUUUGUAUUUCACAAUAGUCUUUAUUAACUAUCUAAUUUUUUCUAUAAAAAAACUUGUUAAGUUUAGGCAUUUGCUAUAGCUCAUUGUUUAAUAAAUUUAUUUUGUCACAAUUAUUAGUGUCAUAAGAUUUAUCCAAAUAUUCAAAAUCUGUAAUAUAUAUUUGAAAUAGAAAUAAUAAUAUUGUAACGCGCUAUGUAAAAAUAUUUGAAAAUGGCUCCACUAAUUAUUGAUUUUGAAAAAGUCUGUCGAUUAUGUCUUCGAGACGAUGACGAAAAUAGUAAAAUGAUAUCAAUAUUUGAAAAUCCAGUUCUUGAAGAGACCAUAAGAAAUUGUGUGCAAAUUGAGGUGUUAAUAAAUACCGAUGAACCAACUAAUAUAUGUACUAGUUGCAUAUUGAGUUUGGAGUCUUGGUGCAAAUUCAAAUUACUAUGUGAUAAUACAAAUGCAUUCUUACAGCAAUACAGACUGGAUAAGAAUGAGUCUGACCUAGUGUUCAAUUCUGACAUAACAAACUUAGGGCCAAUGGGAUUCACACCAUCUCAAAUGUCAGACUUGAGCAUCAGUUUUUUUGAAAGCGAUUCUUUAUGGAAUGGCUUAUCACAACCAUGGAAUGAAAGUGAUCCUAUGUGUACAGAUUUGCCUAUUCCAAGGUAUACAAAAAAAGUACAGCCACCUGAAGAUAUAACUAAUGACACCAUAUCUGGUAAGGAAUGUUUGGAUUUAGCCUUGAAUGUAUUAAGCAAAAAAGAAACUAACAUUACAUAUACCAAAGCCAAUUGGUGGAAUCCCAAAGCUAUUUCUAUGAAAAAAAUACAGAAAAAAAAUGAAAAACCUAUUUUAAAAAAUGGAAUUUCAAAAUCAGUGGCUAGAUAUAAUCAAUAUCAGCGUAAAACAUAUUCCUGUAAUGUAUGUUUGGAAACGUUUACAAAAUUCAAUGAUCUCAUUUUACAUGAUUUAAAAGUGCAUACCGACAUGCCCAAAAACUAUAGUUGUUCAAAGUGUGGAAAACUAUUUUUAUCUGAAGAACGUGUGGAGAUACACAUGAAGGUUCAUCGAGAAAAAUCUUUUGCAUGUCAAAUGUGUCAAAAGAAGUUUACUCAACAAAAGACUCUUGAUAUACAUUUGAAUGUUCAUAUUGGUUUAUACCCUUGUGAUAAAUGUGAUUUUAAAGCUCAGACAAUGUACAAUUUAAAAAUUCACGAAAGUACCCAUUCAAAAGUCAAAGAGCAUUGUUGCCAGGAGUGUAAAAAGGAGUUUUCAACUGUAUCAUCAUUGCGUAGACAUAACCGUCUUGUUCAUCAAAAGUUAGUUUGGUUCCGUUGUGAUAAAUGUGAUUACUCUACAAGUCAGCCUUCAAAUAUGAAGUAUCACAAAUCUAGUCAUGAUCCACAAAAUUGUGUUUGUGAUCAUUGUGGUGCACGAUUCAAAAAUCAAGCUUUGUUUAAAGUGCAUUUAACAACACACGAAGAAGCUAAAUUGAUUUGCUCUCAUUGUGGGAAACUGUUUAAAAAAAAGUCACAUCUCAAAGACCAUUUAAAUAGUUAUUUUGCAUUUGGUCCUAGAAUAAAAAAAUUUAAGUGUGAUGUGUGUGAAAAAAACUUUUCGAGAAUUAAGACUUUGCGUAUCCACAAAAAUAAAUGUCAUCCAAUUAUUACUGACAUUUAGUUUUAAAAAUGUGUAUAAUUAUUUUUUAUUACUUUCAUCUGAAUUUACCAAAUAUCACAAGUAUUUGUUUUUUAUACCUAUGUUUAGUGUUUACAUUUACUUAAAUAAUUCAUUUGUAAUUAUUUCCCUCAGAGUACCUAAUAAAUUUUAACUGUUUUACCUAAAGGUUUAAUAGCAUAAUGAGAUAUCAGUAGCUUUUAGUAUAAUAACAAUUUUUUUAUGUAUUUUUUGAAAAUUCUAAAAAGUGUUGGUAUGUAUAUUAUACAGUUAGGGAAGAAAAAACAAUUAAUACAUAAAUUAAAAAUAAAAUAAUUAUUUUAUAACAUAAAAUUGUAUUUUAUACUUUUUUAUACUAUAUUUAUAAAUUGUAUUUUUUUUCUUAUAAAUAGUCAAGCAACAGUUACUAAUACAUUGCUAGGUUUUAGAUUUUAGUUUUAUAAGCCAAUCUUAAAACUAAACAAUUUUUGCAUUUUAAAAAUCAUGACUUUCUUUUUAUUUAUAAAGUAUUAAAAAUAAGAAUUAUUCAAAUACUGUGUAUUUAAAUUUAUACCAUAGGAAUAUAUACCACUAUCUCCCUUUAACAUUCCUUCUUAUAAUGAUCAUUCUGUUCCACUUGUCUAUACUAAUCUAUAACACAAAUUAUUUUACCAACUCACUCUUACCAAGAGCAUUAUUAUUUUGCAAAAAAUGGCUCGAUAUACAUAUUAAAUGAUUAAUAUAAUGGUUUAAAGUUUGAACAUGAUAAAAUUGAUUUUAUAAUAUAAAAUAUGUAAAAUAUACCUAACAUAUAUUAUAAAAUCAAUAAUAAUAGGGAGAAGAACACAACAGUUUAACUGAAUAGUUUUAUGUAUUUAAAUUUAUUUAUAUAUAUAUAUAUUAUGAAACAGGCAUUAACCUACUAUCAAUACAAUUAAAAUUAAAAAUAAUUCCUUAGCUGUUAGUUAAAAAAAAUAAAAUAAAAUUCAAAAAAUUGGUACUUAAAAGUUAAAAUAGUUUCUAUGUAUAAAAAAAAAAAAACAAUUUUGCUCGUGCACUUCUGUUAGUUUUCAUGUAAUUCAAAAUAAUUAAAUGGUCAUUAUUUUCUAUGUG